CAGAUCGUGCUGCAGGUCUUUGAUUUAGUACGUAUGUAUUACAGGGCGUGGUUAAGAUCGUGUGGCAGGUGUUUGACUCAGUUCGUAUUAUUUACAGGGCAUGGUUCAGAUCGGGGUGCAGGUGUUUGACGUAUUGCGUAUUAUUUACAGGGCGUGGUUCAGAUCGUGGUGCAGGUGUUUGACUCAGUUCGUAUUAUUUACAGGGCAUGGUUCAGAUCGGGGUGCAGGUGUUUGACGUAUUACGUAUUAUUUACAGGGCAUGGUUCAGAUCGGGGUGCAGGUGUUUGACUCAGUUCGUAUUAUUUACAGGGCAUGGUUCAGAUCGGGGUGCAGGUGUUUGACGUAUUGCGUAAUAUUUACAGGGCAUGGUUCAGAUCGGGGUGCAGGUGUUUGACGUAUUGCGUAAUAUGUACAGGGCAUGGUUCAGAUCGGGGUGCAGGUGUUUGACGUAUUGCGUAUUAUUUACAGGGCGUGGUUCAGAUCGUGGUGCAGGUGUUUGACCAGGACAUGGAUGUCGUCAGCAGCAACAUGACGCUACAGGCCGUGGAUGAGAUGCACUACAACGUGACCCUACAGGAGUCUUCCGACCACUUCUUGUACCAGAACAUCUCAGGGUUGCGGGUAGCCUCGCCUUCAGUAAUCAUGUUGUUGUUUCGGUACAAUUGUGACACAACCUACUAUGGACAAGACUGCCUCACAGACUGUCUGCUCUACCCAACAAACCCACUGUGUCCCCGCACCACCCGGACCUCCAUGGCCACGACAGUACCCACAGAGCCCAUCACAGACUGUUCCACUUCCACGGAUGUCGCCACAGACGCCACCACAACAGAAACACGUCAUGUCUCAACAGAACACUCAACGGCGUCUUAUACCAGAUCAUCAUCAGCAACGAUGUCCACCGCAGUCGGUGUUGAAUCAUCUAGUAUAUCUACGAACCUGGAGACAAGUAGCACCUUGUCACCCGACACAAGGAUCUCGUCACCCGACACAAGCACUUCAUCACCCGACACAAGAAGCUCGUCACCCGUCAUGAGCACUUCAUCACUCAACGCAAGCACAACGUCACCCAACGCAAGCACCUCUUCACCCAAUGCAAGCACCCCGUCACCCGACACAAGCACACCUCAGAAGGUUUCAAACAUCUCAACGCCAAAGACAAGCACCCACGUGACGACUGGCACCUCAAGCACUCACGUACCAGUGGCGACUGGCACCUCAAGCACACACGUACCAGUGACGACUGGCACCUCAAGCACUCACGUACCAGUGGCGAGUGGCACCUCAAGCACACACGUACCGGUGACGACUGGCACCUCAAGCACCCACGUACUGGUGACGACUGGCACCUCAAGCACCUACGUACCAGUGACGACUGGCACCUCAAGCAGCCACGUACCGCUGACGACUGGCACCUCAAGCACCCACGUACCGGUGACGACUGGCACCUCAAGCACUCACGUACCGGUGACGACUGGCACCUCAAGCACUCACGUACCGGUGACGACUGGCACCUCAAGCACCCACAUACCGGUGACGACUGGCACCUCAAGCACCCAUAUACCGGUGACGACUGGCACCUCAAGCACCCACGUACCGGUGACGACUGGCACCUCAAGCACCCAUAUACCGGUGACGACUGGCACCUCAAGCACCCACGUACCGGUGACGACUGGCACCUCAAGCACCCAUAUACCGGUGACAACUGGCACCUCAAGUACCCACUCAACGAGCGAACCUUCCAUCGGAAAUGGGACCUCAAAUGGCGACGGAUCCACUUCUGUCAGCAGCAACAAACCUACCUCUAGCAAUCGUCCAUCAUCUAAAACCUCAUCAGUGACGCCAUCUGCCUCUACGGCAACCCCAUCCACUACACCCUCCAUGUCUACAGCAUCACCAGAGCCCACCAUAACACGGGUCCAGACCUCUCCCAGUCUUUCCACAACGGUUCCCCUGGGAAUAUCUACGAAGGAUCCAAAGGACUUUGCCCUAAAGAGCGACAGUGACACGACGUGGGAGAUCGUGCUGGGCUGUGUUCUGGGCGGGGUGGCUCUGAUAGCCAUCGUCGUGUUCCUGGCAUACCACAACAGGCAAAAAACUUUGCUGAAACGCCAGGAGAUCUACAACGUCAGCCCUGAGGUGAUAAGCAUUGUGGAGGAGAACGGUACUACAGAGAGAAGUGACGUCCCCAUCACGACAUCACCACUCUAGACACAAUCUGAAGCACUCUCUUCUUGUCGUAGCUGUUAUUACAAUCCUGACAAUGCAUCUGCUGUUCAGACACUGUCAGUUAUUGACAUUCAAACACUGCAUCUGUUGUUUACACUGACACAAUACUGAUAAUAUCUGUUCAGACACGCAGGUUCCAUCGCCGUUUCACAAUCGGACAAUGUCUUAACAAAUCUGUUGUUAACAUUAAGACAUGCGGGUCACAUCUGUUGUUUACAAUAAGAUGAUACAGGUCAUAUAUGUUGUUUAACUUUAGACAAGCAGUGUUUAUGGCCUGUUUACAAUCAUUUAAUACCGGUCAUAUCUGUUGUUUACAUUCAGACACUACUUGUCACAUCUGGUGUUUACAUUCAGACAUUUCUGGUCACAUCUGUUCUUAACAUUCAGACACUACUUGUCACAUCUGUUUUUGACAUUCAUACAUUAAUGGUCAUAUCUGUUGUUUACAUUAAGACACUAUUUGUCAUAUCUGUUGUUUACAUUCGGACACUACUUGUCACAUCUGUUGUUUACAUUCAGACACUACUUGUCACAUCUAUUGUUUACAUUCAGACAUUUCUGGUCACAUCUGUUGUUUACAUUAAGACACUACUUGUCACAUCUGUGUUUACAUUAAGACACUACUGGUCACAUCUGUUGUUUACAUUAAGACAAUAUUGGUCACAUCUAUUGUUUACGUUAAGACAAUACUGAUAAAGUCUGUUGUUUACAUUAACACAAUACCGGUCACAUCUGUUGUUUACAUUAAGGCACUACUUGUCACAUCUGUUUUUACAUUAAGACACUACUUGUCACAUCUGUGUUUACAUUAAAACAAUACUGGUCACAUCGGUUGUUUACAUUAAGACACUACUGGUCACAUCUGUUGUUUACAUUCGGACACUACUUGUCACAUCUUUUGUUUACAUUCAGACAUUUCUGGUCACAUCUGUUGUUUACAUUAAAACACUACUUGUCACAUCUGUGUUUACGUUAAGACACUACCGGUCACAUCUGUGUUUACAUUAAAACACUACUUGUCACAUCUGUGUUUACAUUAAGACACUACUGGUCACAUCUGUUGUUUACAUUAAGACACUACUUGUCACAUCUGUGUUUACAUUAAGACACUACUUGUCACAUCUGUGUUUACAUUAAGACACUAUUGGUCACAUCUGUUGUUUACAUUAAGACAAUAUUGGUCACAUCUAUUGUUUACGUUAAGACAAUACUGAUAAAGUCUGUUGUUUACAUUAACACAAUACCGGUCACAUCUGUUGUUUACAUUAAGGCACUACUUGUCACAUCUGUUUUUACAUUAAGACACUACUUGUCACAUCUGUGUUUACAUUAAAACAAUACUGGUCACAUCGGUUGUUUACAUUAAGACACUACUGGUCACAUCUGUUGUUUACAUUCGGACACUACUUGUCACAUCUAUUGUUUACAUUCAGACAUUUCUGGUCACAUCUGUUGUUUACAUUAAAACACUACUUGUCACAUCUGUGUUUACGUUAAGACACUACCGGUCACAUCUGUGUUUACAUUAAAACACUACUUGUCACAUCUGUGUUUACAUUAAGACACUACUGGUCACAUCUGUUGUUUACAUUAAGACACUAUUGGUCACAUCUGUUGUUUACAUUAAGACAAUAUUGGUCACAUCUAUUGUUUACGUUAAGACAAUACUGAU